CUACCAAGACACUAGGUGGAAUUGGUUUCAAGUAUAGUCGUGUUCAAUUGUUCGUAUUUUUUCCAUUCUAAAGCUUUCCUCUAGUUGGCCAUAUUCACUUAACGUUAAUAAUCUUUUCCAAAUUUGUUAGAAUUGUCUAGGGGCAUUAGAUGGGACGUACGUCCCAGUAAAUCCCCCGGCCGUUGACAGGCCACGAUAUAGGUCGAGGAAGGGUGAAAUUGCUACAAAUGUCUUAGGUGUUUGUACUCGGGACCUAAAAUUUGUCUACGUAUUGUCUGGUUGGGAAGGAUCGGCCACUGACUCUAGAAUCCUUGGAAACGCCAUGGAAAGACCCCACGGUCUCAGAGUCCCCCAUGGACAUUAUUACCUUGUUGAUGCUGGCUACACCAAUGGGAACGGUUUUCUAACACCAUACCAUGGCCAACGAUACCACAUUAAUAUUUGGAGGCAAGGUCAUAUGCCAACAAGCAAAGAGGAGUUCUUCAACAUGAAACACUCCGCCGCUAGGAAUUGCAUUGAGAGAAGCUUUGGGGUUCUCAAGAUGCGAUUUGCAAUUUUGAGAUCUCCCUCCUUUUACCCAAUAAGGACUCAAUGUCGUAUCGUGUCGGCAUGUUGUCUUCUUCAUAACCUAAUUAAAAGAGAGAUGCCCAACGAUCCAAUUGAAAAUGAAUACACAGCGUGGGAACGAACACAUAUCAACGACGUCCCUGUUAAUGAUCACAUUGGUGCUGUAGAGAGUUCCAAUGAGUGGAUUGCAGGGAGGGAUGCUUUAGCAGCGACCAUGUAUAACCAUUGGUUAGCAAAUGGUGGGGGACAAGUGGAGGGCAUUCUUCCUUGA